AUGUGCAUCAGUUCCCCACAAUUGUCUUUUACCCUUAUCCACCCUCUUCUCCAGAUACCAACUACUGUACAUACACUGCACACAUUACUAUUACAUAUUUACAUAGGUACUAUCUGGUCUUCCACAAUGGCACAACUAACCCCCAUAAAAGGGUUCACAAAUACCCCGGUGACCAGAACCAUCUGUGUUCUAUCGACCAUAGUGACCAUCCUUAUACUGAUUCUCUCGAUCAAGCCAUAUUUCAGUCUUGCCAUUGAUCCAUUCAUUAUCCAGUAUUCCCAGUACUGGAGAGUCGCCACAUUCCAACUCUCGCCGAUGAACGAGUCCGACUUUCUCAUUUGUGUCGUGCUAUGGUUCGAGUUUAAAACCCUAGAGCGCUUCUUUGGGCCGAAGAGAUACCUCCUGUUGAUAGCACUCUUUGCAUUGUUCAACGCAGUAGUGACGUUUUUGGUACUCAGUUUGGGCCAAUUGGCCAUUGUAGGUUCUUGGGCUAUGUUUCGGCAGCUUGUGAUGCGCCUGAGCCUGGAUACCAGCUAUUUCACCACGAUCUUCAAUGCUGUGACACCAGGCCCGCUUGGCAUUAUCUCCCUGUUGUACGUGUGUCACUCAUACUACGUUCCUGUCACUUAUCUGUUCAAAUUGUUGCUUCAGAAACCUCAAAAUUCUGAAGCUGGUGAUGAGUCUACACCCGCUGGCUCGGUGGAUUCUGGCGCAGGCGCUGGAUCCAAUUCGGACUCGAACUCUCUCUUGACCGGUGGUGACUCCAAUGGUCAACCGGGCCUGAUCUUUGAUGUUACUCUAACUAGCCACUUCCAAGUGCAGAUACUAUUUACUCUUCUCCUUUUGAACCAUGGCUUCAGCUCCAUAAUACCGUGUCUUGUGGGUGUACUUAUGGGCAAGUUGUACGUUCUGGACCUCUUGGUGGGAUCCAAGACCUGGGCUAUACCUUCAUUUGUAUUUCAACUCUUUGUGAGUCCUAGCAAGGCUCGCCAAACACUCUCUACUGCCAUCUCUCGCCGUUGGCGCGGCUAUCGUGCGAUCUCAGAAAACGGCGCCUCGCCGCCUCCAACAGUGAUGGAUGACCUGGUCAUCAUUGACGACGCUGAAGAAGAUCGCGAGAUGGCGAUCGAUGAUCUACGGAAUCAGGAUGCGGACGCUGCCGCUCGUUCUGCCACGCCUGUUCGGCCCCUUGGACGGAGAUUCCUCGAUACUUUCACAACAUAA